AUGGUUCGAGUCACCGACGACAUUGCGCUCGCGCCCGAGCAGCUCGUCGCAUACCACGCCUCGGACCCCCUCCUCGGCCAUCUCCCCAUUGUCGUGCUGUACGGCGCCUCGACGACGGCCAACCACACCCAUCACAACACCUCGCGCGUCCAGAUCCACGUCCUCUCGCCCGCCGGCCUGCGCAGCUUCCCCCGCCUCACCAUCUCCCCCAACUCACCCUUUUACAGCGUCGUUGCCCGCCUGCCGCGCGAGUUCCAAGGCGACGACGUCUACCGCGCCCUCGCCUUUGGCCUCUUUCGCUGCUUCUCCGAGCUCCCGGACGGCGUCCGCGCCCAUCUGCGGAAUGCGUACCCCACCAGAGGCAGGCAGCCCGGCCCGGACACGCCGCUCUUUGGCGACCAGCAUGUCGCCAACGUCGUGUCGUCGAUGGUCCAGAGCGACAACACCCCCGCCGUGCUGUCGGCCAUUCAGGAUGCGCUCCAGCCCCAGCACAUGAGCAACCUCGACAUGGACUUGAUCCUGCCCCCGGGCUCCAUUGUGCCGCUCCGGGCAGAGGACCUCGAGGACGUUCCCGAAGACGAAGACGACAUCAUAGACCCUACCCUUCGACAGUAUAGUGGCUAUACUCCCUUGGUAAAGCUAUUCGGCGAGCCCGUCUUUAUACCAACGAGUCGUCUGCGCCGCGCGCCCUCCAAGCCGACAUCAAUCAACAAGAGCAAGACAUUCACCGCCGAGCAGAAAAUUGAGCUGCGCAUGAAGCUUGCCGAGCUCGUCGAUACCGAGGAACGCUAUGUCUUCAAGCUAAACGAGCUGGCUCACUCCGUUGUCGACAAAUUCCGUCAGGGCGCACAACAAAGAGAGGGACAGAACCUCACCGCAGCCGAGACUGAACUCGCACAGUUAUUCCCAUCGGCAGCCGAUGCCAUCUUGCAGCUCAACUCGGCAUUCUUGACAGAGUUACAAAACGUCAUGGAUGAGACCGAACAAGAGGCAUUGAUCGACAUGGAGGGCAAUAGCGCGCACCUUAUGGCUCCUCACCAAGCCGGCAUGGCACGCCCGAAAGAUCCCAUCGGUGCCCUAGCCAUGGCAAAGGUGUUCCUCGAGUGGUUUCCCAAAUUUGCAGAAUGCUACAGAGAUUAUAUCAAAGCUAGUCAGCAUUUCCCAACUUGCAUGGAUGGCUUCUUGGACCCUCAGGCGACACCACAACGGGGCGAUCAGGCUAUCAAAUCCGCAUUGAUUGAGCCUGUCCAGCGUCUGCCUCGCUAUAGCUUGUUGAUCGAUCAAAUAGUCGCUUCGAUGCCAAUAACGCACCCCGCACUACAGUCAAUGCUGAAAGCCAGAGACAUCAUUACGAACAUUUGUUCACUCGACUCGGCCGAAGCGACCAAACCUCAGCUUACCAGCCAGCUUCGAAAUAUUGUCGAGGCUUGGCCGGCAGAUCUCGAGCCCGAGGGUCGUCUUAUUGGAGCGGCUGAUUUUAUUGAACUUUCUCUUCCAUUCGAAAUCUCUCUUACGGAAGGCGACAGCAGAGGAAUUUUGAUACUGUUCACGGACUGCGUUGUCAUUCUCAAAAAGACUGGCCGCCUCACAGGCAGAGACUUGCUAAGAGAGAUUGGUAAGCCCUCCGCUGCGGAAUUGCUCAUUUCUAUGACGAAUGCUGCAGGUGGCUCCGCAGCCUAUGAGUUUGCUUUCACUGGCUGGCAUGACCUGGCAAACGUGCGCUUCACCGAGUCUGCUAACGGCAGCCUUGCGUGGAUGACAUCGACGCGGAAUAUGAAGGGCGCACAUACCGGCCAACACCGCAUCAGUGCAACUCCAACGGCAAGAUGCUUCUUGCUCCAAGAGUUGUAUGAGGGGAAAGCGUCGCGGUGGGGAGAAGAUGUUACCAGAGCUAGAAUCGAAGCGCGAUUCUCGGAGUCUGAAAGAGAAGACCCAUGCUGGACGCUUCGCUCUAUCCGCAUGCCCGAUAGUAAUCUGGGGCUCCACGCAGCCGUUUUCCAAGAAGGCGCGGAUCAGCUCAUCGAAGGCCGUCGCGAGCCCGCUGCUAUUCGUGUUGUUGUCGAUCAUGAAAGGGGCACCAAGGGUGCCCCAGUUGGGCACUAUGGCGUAGAGAUUGUCAUCACGGUAGCCGUGAAUGAUCUGAGGCGAAUAUCGAUGAUUACCGCCGGCCUCCAUGGCAAGCAAUACCAAGACGAUGUUGCGUUGGAAGACUUUGUUCCCACAAUGUCGCGAAGAAGUGAGUUGGCGCUGCUGCCGGCCAUCAUGUACGCUACUAACAUCUCAACAGUCAUCCAACUCCUUAACAGCCAGUUCAACGUUGCCAAUAUGGAUCUCACAGCUGCUAUGGUAUCGUACAAUAGCAAGAUUCUGCGCAGCUUGAACUUUUCCGUACAGACUACCCCUGUGCCCCGCGCGGAGAAGACGAGAUCCUUUCUGUCGACCUCGCCAGUGAAAAUGUUGUCCAACUUGUGGGGUGGAACCGCCAACAACAACAACACUGUCAAUAAUAACACUCCCCAAAACAACGCUGCCAAUGACAAUAACGCAACAACUACAGAGUCGAUCAUAUCGAAUGCUACGAUUGCACGGCAACCAUCACUCCAUCGCAGCAACAGCUACCACUCGAUAUUAGGGUCCAUUCGCGGGGAGCGUUCUUUUAUUGAAGACACGCCGCCCGACAAUCCUAUUAUGCGACUUGAGGAAACCUUUACAGCAUAUGUAGCGGCGCUACAGGAGCGUAAGGGGACAAUCAACGGCAGAACAAUGCUGAACCGAUCUUCUGUGGAUGAAGUGAUGGUUAAUGACGUCUACAAUCGCCUCAUUGAAAACCCCUAUGACUUCGACUUGCCAGUUGACGUGAGCACCGAAGUCAUCUUUGUCGCUUUCGAAAACUUCUUACGGAUAGCAUGGACAGAGCAGAUGGGUGCAGUCAUGUCCAAGCAGGCCAUGAUGACGUUGCAGGACCGUGCCAAUCGGCGGGCCCUUGGCGAUUUUGCAGACUUUGUCCGCUACUUGUUCUCUGACAUGGCUCCUCAGAAUCGCCGCGCGUUUACCGCCCUCAUCAAGCUACUGGCAUACCUUCUCGAUGGCUGCAGCGACGACGGUGAUAGGGGUGCUUUAACGAUUGCCUUUGCCGAGCUUCUUGUUAUGGAUGGAACAGCCUCUUAUUAUAUCAAUUUGUUGGAUCGACUAGUGGAGGAUUGCGAGCGAAUCUUUGGUAGUAUCAGCCCCAACCAAAGUUUUUCAUAUGAGGCCUCAACGACGGGAUCUAUUCGUUCCGCCACGUUGCGCAAAGAAGUCUCGAUGACAGGCUCUGUUACGUCAAAUGCUUCCUCACUACGCAAAAAGUUUGGACUGGAUGUGUUGAUCCGACAAAAUAGAGAAGAUAGGCCAGAACGACCAUCCGUAUGGAGGAGUCUCAGCAAACAUCGCAAUCCGGCAACGGGCGAACCCUCUAGCUUGUCGAGACGAACGAUGAGGCACGGUCUGAUGGGCGAAGAUGGUACCCUGCCUAGACUUUUGCAAAGAGGAAACAGUGCCCGAGAGCGGCCAACCAUUGUUGGUGCAUUUGAGGCUCCAAGCCGGCCAACAAGUUCGCACAGGGCAGAGUUCCCGCUGAACACAAUUGGCGAGCCAAAGAAUGAAAAUGCGACCCCAUCAAGAUUCAGGCACAAGCGUCGAAGCUCCCUAUCCGAUUUGAAGAGCUUAUUAGAAGCUACAACCCUGGAAGAUGACGAAGAGCCUGUUCAGCCGCUCCAGCUUUCAAAGCAACCCUCAGGCAAGGGCAACACUUCCGCUGGACAAGGACUGCAACGACACAUUAGUGGUGGCUCGCAGCAGAAGGAAAACGUCAACGCAUCCGAGAGUCAUCAAACACUAGACAGCAGAGGUAAAGCUAGCCAUAUGCCAUCGCCUGUCAAGCCAGUUGCCAAGCACGCAAAGGCGCAGUCCAUAUCAAGCAUUCCCAUGUUGAAACCGAUUCAACUUGACCCCCCAAUGACAGCUUCUGCGAAGAAAUCCGCUGGUGGGCUUACACGAUCGCCGGCACGACUGCGACUGCAAUCGCCGCAACGCCUUCGAGAUCGUGUACAGACAAACAAAAAUGCUGUAGAGGAGGCCACUACCUCAUUACGAGCCGAGAUUGGAAAAACCGCGGAACAAGUCUCCCACGGCAACGCCCCUACUAGCAAGGAAACUCGAGAUGCGCUAGCGAUAAAAGCCUUAGAGGAGAAGCUCAACAAGACCAUGCAGGAUUUGCAAGACAAGUACUCCACGUUGCAAGAGGAAAUAGACACGACUCUCAAGGCUACGGAGGUCAAGAUGCGCUCCAUUGAUCAACUCUACAAGGAGGUCUCGGCCGAAAACGAGCUGAUCUAUGAAAAGUUCAAUGAUGAGCUGGGCAAAAUUGUCAAGGCGCUGCGCAGCAAAGGCAAAGAAGACAAGGAAGAGCUCAUGACCAAGUUCAAGGAGCAUGCAGAUGAAGCAGCCAGACUAAGAAGGGAGAAUGGGCGACUGAAGAGAGAGAACAUUAGCCUUCGCGCGUCAUUGAAGCACGCUGGAUGA